AUGCCGGCGGGGCAGUCCUGGCCCGAAGCGGCAGCCCUGGGGCUGCUGGUCCUGGCGCUGCUGGUCUCCCUGGGGCGGCACCUAUGGGCGCUGCGCUGGAGCCUCAGCCGCGACCGCGCCAGCGCCCUGCCCCUGCCCAAGGGCUCCAUGGGCUGGCCCUUCUUCGGGGAGACCCUGCACUGGCUGCUCCAGGGCUCGCGCUUCCACAGCUCCCGGCGGGAGAGGUACGGGAACGUCUUCAAGACCCACCUCUUGGGCCGGCCAGUGGUGCGGGUGACGGGCGCUGAGAACAUCCGCAAGAUCCUGCUGGGCGAGCACAUGCUGGUCAGCACACAGUGGCCUCAGAGCACCCAGAUCAUCCUGGGCUCCCACACCCUGCUCAGCUCCGUUGGUGACCUGCACCGCCAGCGCCGCAAGAUCCUGGCCAGAGUAUUCAGCCACGCUGCCCUGGAGAGCUACCUGCCACGUAUCCAGAAGGUUGUGAGCUGGGAGCUGCGGGGCUGGUGCAUGGAGCCAGGCUCCAUCGCAGUUUAUUCCUCCACUAAAACCUUAACUUUCCGCAUUGCAGCUCAGAUUCUGCUGGGGCUCCGCCUGGAGGAAAAGCAGUUCAAGGACCUGGCCAAAACUUUUGAUCAGCUGGUGGAGAACCUCUUCUCCCUGCCCCUCAACAUACCCUUCAGCGGGCUGCGCAAGGGAAUCAAAGCACGAGACAUGCUACAUGAGUUUAUGGAGAAGGCUAUACAAGAAAAACUGCAGAGAAACAACCCAGAACAUCACAGCGAUGCUCUGGAUUUCAUAAUAAACAGUGCCAAGGAACAUGGCAAAGAAUUCACCAUGCAGGAGCUAAAGGAGUCCGCGAUUGAGCUCAUAUUUGCUGCUUUUUUCACCACGGCUAGUGCCAGCACCUCUCUGAUCCUCCUGCUACUGAAGCAUCCCUCAGUGAUUGAAAAAAUAAGGCAGGAGCUAAUGUCCCAUGAGCUGUACCAGCAGUGUGAGCACUGCCCUGUGGGACCCUGCCCAGACUCCCCGACAGCCCAGAGCAGGGACAAUGCAAAGCCACUUCUCUGCCCCACAGCCAAAGAUGCUUGUGAGGACCAGAGCCAGCCCCCGGGCCCAACGGCAACAGGUCCUCCUCAGCCCUGCACUGCACCAGAGCCCACCCUCCCCCAGAGCAGUCCUUGUCCUGGCCCCCAGCUCAGGGCACCAUCUGGGCAGAGCUGUCGCUGCCCUUCAGACAUCAGCCUGGAGAAGCUGAGCUGCCUGCGGUACCUGGACUGCGUGAUUAAGGAGGUGCUGCGAGUGCUGCCUCCCGUCUCCGGAGGCUACAGGACAGCCCUGCAGACAUUUGAGCUGGAUGGCUACCAGAUCCCCAAGGGCUGGAGCGUCAUGUACAGCAUCCGUGACACACAUGAGACAGCCGCUGUCUACCAGAGCCCUCCCGGUAGCUUUGACCCCGACCGAUUCAGCACCGCCCGGACAGAGGCCGCAGGCCGCUUCCACUACAUCCCCUUUGGCGGAGGCGCGCGGAGCUGCAUCGGCAAGGAGCUGGCACAGGCCAUCCUCAAACUGCUGGCCAUCGAGCUGGUCAGCACAGCCCGCUGGGAGCUGGCCACCCCCAGCUACCCCACCAUGCAGACCGUGCCCAUCGUGCACCCUGUCGGUGAUGGGCUGCAGCUCUACUUCCACCCUUUACAGCCCAGCUGCAGCACCAAGGCCUGCCCCAGGGCAUGCUGCCCUGCUCAGCCCCAGCAUUGA